ACCAUAGCUUUAGCAUUAUUACAUUCAUCUCAGCUCACUAGAAUUUAGUAUAUAAUUUGAAGAUGAAUAAAAUUAUGGGAUCAAAUAAUAAUAACGUAGUAAUUUGUGCAGUUUUGGGUAUGUUAGCUAUUCUUCAAUUCACAGAAGCGCAGACACGUCAUGUUGUUGGAGGCAGUGAAGGUUGGAAGAUUCCAUCAAAUGAUUCUGAAUACCAAGAUUGGGCAAAUAACCAGAGAUUUUCCCUCGGAGAUAUCUUAGUGUUUGAUUUCACUAUGAACCAACAUGAUGUGGUGGAAGUGCCAAAAGAUUCCUACGACAUUUGCAGUCCAGAAAAUGCAAUCAACACAACAAUGAAUAGCCCUGCCAACUUCAUCCUCAACAAGGAAGGCCAGUUUUACUAUAUUUGCAGUUUUGGAACACAUUGCAUUCAAGGACAGAAGUUGUCCAUUAUUGUCCCUAGCUCCUCCUCCGGGGCCCCUUCUCCACAGCCGUCUCGGUCGCCGCCGGUGGUUACUACUGCUGCUAGUUUCACUUUGAUCUUCAUCUUGGCAUUUAUGGGUUUUUAGGUAUAUAUUAUGUAGCAUGUUAUAGAGUCAAUUUUAUGUUGUGUUUGGGGAGUAUGUAUUAUAUGUGACCAAAUAAAUUAAACUAUGAUAGGUUUUUGUAAUUUAUGUAUUUUCAUUUUUGGGGGUGGUGUUUAAAUUGUUUGAUUGAUGUAUGGUUCAGUUUACAUUCUAUAAUGUAUUGUAAUC